UGCACGCGCACGUCGGUGCUCGGACGUGAUCCGGAUCGGACCCGGACCUGGCUGCGCGUUCACGAGCUGGUACAGAGACGCGCACGCUGUUAGGAUGGAGAGGAAGAGGAGGAGCGUGCAGUGACGGAGCGCAGGCUGUUUGUUUACAGAAGAAGAGGAGGAAGAGGUGAAGCUGCACCUCAGAAGAGUCUCGCUCCUGAAACAGCGCGAGGAGAGGAGGAGGAAGAGGAGGAAGAGUCCCCAACUUCGGACUCCGUAAACUUCCUGCACGCUCCACGGUCGGGCCGUGCUACCGCGCAUGCGCCCUGAAGUUUUCACCCCAUCGGAACACAAUGGACCGAUUGUGACGUCACCGGUUGCUUAUCCGGAUCUGAACCAGUGACGGCGGCGGGAGCGCGCCUCGGCUCAGCGCGUGACCUGAGCCUGUGGAGUGUGUGCGUGAGAAUGAGUGGUGGUAAAAAGAGGAGUGGCUUUCAGAUCACCAGCGUGACUUCAGAGGUGAACCAGAGUCCAGCAGACCAAUUGUCUCCUAGCGCUGUCCUGCCCAUCAUCCAAUCAGAGGUCUCUCUGCAGUCCCCCCUCUGCAGCCCUCAGGGAAGCUCCUCCCAGCCAACCACACCCUCUCUGAAGAGGAAGUACGUCUCCCUCGAUGGCGGGCAGGGGGCGGGGUCUUCCUCCAGGUUCAGGGUGGUGAGACUAGUGAGCGGAGCCGGCGGCGGAGGCCGGGGGGAAUCGUAUCGUCGCGGGCGAUGGAUGUGCACAGAGUUCACAGAGCGGCAGGAAGGCCCGGGGUUCAGGCGGGUAAUGGACAGCAUGAGACACGCCCACUCCUUGGAGUCCCUGGAGAUGAUUGGCCGGGAAAGCGAGCGGGGUGGAGUCCACUCUCAGGACAACACCCAUAUGCUGGCUCAGCACGUGCUGCACAGCGGCCCACCUUCACCCACGCACCAGACGCCAGCUAAUGUCCGGCUGCUCGACCACAAGGAGUCGCGCCUUGUGGUCGAGCAGGGCUUAGGCUCCACCCCUCCACCACCUUCACCCCGCCCACGCUUCGCCCCAACUCCUCUGCGGCUGGAUGUGGACGCCUCAGGACGGUCUGUCCUCAGGCUGUCUCACUCUCAGCCUGGCUCCCCCCCUGCUGGACUGUACCAACCCCCUCUGACCCCCGCUCAGACGCCGUCAGGCUUCAGCCUGGACCGCACCAUGUUCGACCUGCCGGGGGACGCCAGCGGAGGAGACACUGGAGCAUCCUUUAUGAGAGGGGAGGAGGGAAUGCCGAAUGGUAAACGGGCUGGUUUGUAUAUUGAGCUGCAGAAACGCACAGACCAGCUGGAUGCGAUCUUAGCUUGGUCAUUCUCCACCACCGUAGGGGGCGUGUCCCAUUUUGACCUUCCAGAUAGUGCCAGUGGCUGUGGCUUGAACCAAGACCUGGUGAAGAGUCACCUGAUGCUGGCGGUGAGGGAGGAGGUGGAGCUUCUGAGAGAACAAAUCAGAGAGCUGCAGGAGAGGAACCGGCAACUGGAGAGAGAGAACCACACGCUGAGGGCGCUGACCCACAGCAUGCACACUCAAUAACACACACACUAACACACACACACACUAACACACACACACACUAACACACACACACACUAACACACACACACACUAACACACACACACGUGCCGUCAUGUCAGGGUUAACAGGACGGCGUUCCGGCUCCUGCGUUUUCUGAUCAGCUGAUGCUUCAGAGACACUCGCUGUGCCCUCCUGCUCGUCCUCCUUCAUGUACCUGUAGUACUGUUGAACUGCAGUAUUUGUGGUACUGUGUACUGAUGAAAGGUGUGUGUUUCUGUGUGUGUGUGUGUGUGUGUGUGUGUGUGCAAGUACUUACAGCAUCUGACAAAAGUGAGCACACCCUGACAUUUCUGUAAAUGUUGUGUUAGCUCCUUCAUGGGACAACGUUGUAGGUAACAAAAGAGAGAAGACCCGAGGUGAAAAUGUCCAAACUGUGCCCAAAGGGUCAGUAGUAUGUUUGGCCACCAUUAUUUUCCAACACUGCCUCAACUCUGUUGGUCAUGGAGUUCACUGGAGCUCCACAGAGGGCCGCUGAAUCCUCUCCCACUCCGCCACGAUGACAUCAUGGAGCUGGUGGAUGUUAGACACCUUGCACUCCUCCACCUUCCAUUUGAGGGUUUGGAGACAUGGUUGGUCUGAGCACUGACAGGCUGACCCUCCACGCCUCCAACCUCUGCACCAAUGCUGGCAGCACUCAUACCUGUUUUCAAAGACAACCUCUGGAUAUGACACUGAGCACGUGCACUCAGCUUCUUCUGUCGACCACGGCGAGCUUUGUUCUGACUGGAACCUGUCCUGUUAAACUGCUGGAUGGUCUCGACCACCGUGCUGCAGCUCAGUUUCAGAGUGUUGGCGAGUCACGUGACACCAGGGAGGGAAAAUGGCUAAUCGGGCUCAGUUUGGACAUCUUCACCUAUGGC